GGAGCGAGAAAGGGAGGGGGAGAAAGAGAUAGGGCGUGUAAGAAAACAACACCGAGAUGUUCAUGAUCAUUCCGAAGGAUUCUUCCGCCGGAGGAGGUGGUUCAGCAGGGAUGAGCUCGCCGCACGGGAAAAGCGCAAAACAGGUAAAAGCAGCGAUCAGUAAGAAGGUUCAGAAACAGCAGAUUAAGCAGAGAAGGCGGUCCAGUGAGCAGAGUGGAGACUCAGAAGUGUCAGCGGCUGGAGUCAACCCCCCCCAUGGUAGGAGGUACAGCCAGACACCCACCCCCUUCCCCAGAGAUAGAGAGAGAGGUACAGAGGAUGAAGAGGAGGCAGAGGAGGACCUGGAUGUGGAGGACCUGGAUGUGGCAGAUAUGAUGAAGACGAGUGGUCAGAAGCAGGAAGAGAAGGAGUCCAUAGACCUGCUCCCUAUAAUGGACCCAGCAUUUGGACCGGACAGGGACCUACGACCAGAGGAGAUUGAAGGUAGAUUUUCCCUUUCUAUCUCACACAGUCAGAAUCGUACCAUGACAUGUUUUACAAUCUACAUUCUCCCAUUCUUAACCUGUGUGUGUACUUCUAUGUUUGUGUGUGUGUGCGUGCGUGCAUACGCGUGUGCCUGUGUGUUUGCAGAGCUUCGCGAGGCGUUUGUGGAGUUUGAUAGGAAGAAGAAUGGUUAUGUCAGCUACAAGGACCUGGGAGAGUGCAUGAGGACCAUGGGCUACAUGCCCACAGAGAUGGAGCUCAUCGAGCUGGGCCAGUCCAUCUGUGGCGGCAAACUAGACUUUGAUGACUUUGUGGAGCUGAUGGGCCCAAAGAUGCUGGCAGAGACAGCAGACAUGAUCGGAGUGAAAGAACUGAGAGAUGCAUUCAAGGAGUUUGAUGCUAACAGUGAUGGUCAGAUCAGUAUAAUGGAACUGAGGGAGGCCAUGAAGAAGCUGAUGGGAGAACAGCUGACCAACAGAGAGAUCGACGAGAUCCUCAGAGACGUGGAUCUCAACCGGGACGGACUGGUCGACUUUGAGGAAUUUGUUCGAAUGAUGUCACGCUGAGAUAACCAUAUGGUUGUUGUGCAACAACUGGAAAAGGUACCACUACGUUUGUAGUGAACAACUGGAGAAGGUACCACUACGUUUGUAGUGAACAACUGGAAAAGGUACCACUACGUUUGUAGUGAACAACUGGAAAAGGGACCAUUACGUUUGUAGUGAACAACUGGAAAAGGGACCACUACAUUUGUAGUGAACAACUGGAAAAGGGACCACUACAUUUGUAGUGAACUGGAAAAGGGACCACUACAUUUUUAGUGAACAACUGGAAAAGGGACCACUACAUUUUUAGUGAACAUUCUUGUUCUACUGACUGGACCUCGGUUUGUUAUUUUUUGUUAAGCAGCACUUAAAUUGAGUGAACACUUAAUAGUAGUUCUACAAAUCUUGUAACUCAAGCUGUGACAGUUAAAUUGAACAUUGAUUGGUUGUAACAUAUCAAAAUCCUAAUGCUUGGCUGUCUCUUAUGAGUAUCUCUUGUCUUUUUUUUAAGUGAAUGUUUUUACUCUGAUUGUAUGUGUGUUCAAAGGUUUAACCUUGUUUGUAAAAUGUGACGUUAUUUUCAAAUAAAAAGUUGUCUGUGUUGUUUUUA